UUAAACAUUUAAAACAUGUUUUUCCUGUUUCCUGCCUUCGAUUUCGUUUAUCCCAAACAACAUCCAGUAUGGGAGGGGCUGUUUUGUCUCUGUUGCGGGUCCGACAACUCUUCCGCAGGUUUCUUUGUGAUUCACUUACGGCGACGGUUAACCUCGUAUUCCGAGAUUUUCCGACCUCGUCCCGCGGCCACAACCCGAGCAGUUAAACAUUAAUGACACGCGUGACAGCUCUUUGUUCUUGAAGCCCACGGCAGGAUUCCACGCAGACACGUCGGUGCGGUGUAGGCGUCGUUUCAUAUUACAUCGUCCGCACUCAUCGCGCUAGUGAAGGGGAGACGCUGCGCUAUGGCCUCCGCCGUCCCGGUUCUUUUGCUCCUUUCAGCGGCUUUAUUCACGACGACAGUCGCUGAUAAUGAUUGUGAAAGCUACAUUACAAGCAAUGGCCUUUACAAACCAUCCAUUGAGUGCAACAUCCUACAGUUCUGUUGUGGAAACUGCAACGACAGAUUCUGCUGCUCCAACCCGUUGAAUAUUUUCACCGAGGAAGCUCAAAACGACUGUAUUUUCAAUGACUUCAAGCCUAUCGCUAUUGGCGUAUCGGUGGCGGCGAUCGUAAUCUUCAUCAUCUUCUUCAUCGUCUGCUGCGUCUGUCCCUGCUGCUGUCUCUAUAAGAUGUGCAGGAAACCCGCACCCAUAGUGACGACGACAACGCACACAGUCAUAAGCGCACAAUACCCUCAGCAGCCCGUCGUCCCGGCCGGUCAGUACCCACCAUAUCAGCCUGUGGGCCCUCCGGCUGGAUACAGAGGUCAGCCGGGUUAUGGUGGACCCCCUAUGCCAACCGGACCAUAUCAGGGUCAACCGUACAUAGCAGGACCACCGCCACCAUAUCAGGAGGCUGGCGGUCCAGGAUAUCCUGCUCCCUACAGCCAGGCAGCGUUUGAUGGCGGUCAGGCCUCGUACCCCGUCCAACCACCCGUUCAUCCUGGUUUGGCUCAGCCGGCCCCACAGACAGGCUACAGCUCGACUCAACCGGCGUACAACCCCGCCUACAUGGAACCACCAAAGACCGGUUUCUGAACCACAAGCACCAGUUACAUCAGCGGGACGUGAACGUGACCGAACAAGACACUUUCAUGUAGCGAACGGCUUGUGUGGGCACAAUCCUGCCGUCAGGACUAAAACGACUGACAUUUAUUUCUGUUUCUUUAAACUUUUCCUUUCAUUUUAUAUAAGUCUAGUUUUAUCCACUCCUGCAGUCAUCUAGGUGAAGCCAUAUUUUUAGCGUCGUGUUCUGUUAGUUUUUCUCGAUUUAGCAAAGCGAAAAUGGUUUGAGAAUUGAAAACCUUCAUCGAAAGUACUUGUUUCUUAUUUGAAUGCCUUUGGAGCCUUAUAUAAGAGGCGCUUUGCAUUAUUUUUCAACAGGAAUAUUUGCACAAAACAGAGAAUCUAGGUUGGUCGAAUUCGAAUGGGAAUGUGACGCCAGUCUGCCGUUCAGCUUAAUGUUGUAUUCGAGUUUGUACAUCUGUGAAAGUACAUUCGUGCUUUAAAUGGGCUUUCAUGUACGAGAAUCCAGAAUAUGCCUUGUUUCAUAUUGCACCAAACGACACGGACGUGUUGAUCGCAGGGUUCCCACGGCAUGUUUAAGUUACUUACCGGAAUAUGAAGUAUAAGCAGAUGUUAUUUUAGUUGGGUUAACCUUGCAUUUAGCCACGUAAAUUCUGCAUUUGCACAAGAUGUAGCAAAGUGGGAACCCUGGUAUUAGAAAGCAGAGAAAACAUCAACUAUAGUUUUGUUAAACGAGGGCGACAUCACACUGUAGAAAUUUCCCUUGUGACUUCUUUCCUUGAGGGUCAAAAAUGCAACUUCACAGACCAAAUAUAGCAUUUCAAUGUAGCAUACGCAAGGUUAGAAAGAGGGUGAAAUAUUUAAAUGUUGUCUUCAUAUAUAUCCGGAGUGAAGCGGUUAUAUAUUUGGCAGUCCUUCUAUCGGUACACUCAAAACUUCCACACGCUUUGCUGGUUUCGUCAUAUUCUUGAAGUUUAUACAUGUGUGUAAAGGUCAAAGUAAUCUGUGUUUUAUGUUCAAACGUUUGUUUUCAAGCAUCUCCAUGUUUGCAGCAGCAAAUAAAACCCUGUUCUUAUGCUCAAAACAUCAGUCUGAAAU